AUGGAAACCAUACCUAAUGAAAUUCUUCUUCAUAUCUUUUCUUAUCUGUCAUGGUUCGAUAUGUUAACAUGUUUAUGGUCAUUAAAUAUGCGCUUGAAUUCUCUUGUAUGUUCAAUUUUAUCGAUAAAUAACAAUCGGUUGAAUAGUGGUAUUCUUAUUACACAUGGUUUAUCUUAUAAUAAAUGUUGUUCAAUAUUAUUUCCAUUGAUUUUAAAUUCAUCAUCUGUUUAUUCUUCUAUUCGACGUAUUCAUUUUGAUGACAAUAAUUCAAUUUCUUCUGAUCUUUGCUAUGAAUGGUUAUUUAAUGAUAAAAAUAUUCUUCGUUUUCCUAAUCUUAAAUCACUUAUUCUUAUUCGAUGUGGAUCAAUUGAAUCGGUAGUUCAAAUAAUAGAAAAACAACUGAACAUGAUCAAACAACUUCUUUGUCAAUUAUUCUCUGCCGAAUGUAAAUUAAAAUCUCUUCGACUUGAUAUUAGCAAUGAAUUUAGGGAUGGUUCUAUUCAACGAUGUUUACCAUCAAAUCCUUAUCUCUCUUCCAAUUUUACUCAAUAUCAACAUCAAUCUUGUGUAACUCUUCGUCAUUUACAUAUUCGACUUAAUCAAAUAUCCUUUUUUGAAAAUCUAAUUGAAUAUGUACCAAAUCUCGAACAAAUGUCAGUUGAGAUUUAUGAUUCAAUAAAUUCAUAUGCAUUAAGGAUGCCAAGUGUUGAAACAUUGAGUCAAUCAAACGAAAAUUGGUUUAAUAAAGUACCAAAACUACGAUGUUUUAGUUUAAAAACUUUCAUUAGCGAUGACUUGAAUAUUAUUUAUGUGAAAUGGCUUCUUAAUAAUAUGAAUUAUGUUGAAAAACUUCAACUUCAUCUUAGAUGUCAUAAAUUAAUCGAAACAAGAUGCCAGAACAUAUUGAAAUCUUUUAUUGAUGCAAAUUUUAUUCGUCAAUAUUGUUUACCUGAUACAAUACCUAAUUUAAUUUAUUUCAAUUUUUAUAUUUGUUCACAAUGUCAAUUAUCAUUUGAUGAUAUAGAAAGAAUAACAAAUUCAUUUAAAAUUCAUUCUUUUUUUAUUGAACAUCAAUGGACAAAUGUCAAAUGUAAUUUUUCAAGUGGAUUGGUAAAGCGAAACCAAAUACGUGAAAAAGUAUUCGCUAAUCUCAUUUCAAUGACUGUACAGCUCAAAUAUCUUCAAGUUGAACGAUUCGAAUGGCUUUUACAUAUUGUUCAAUAUAUACCUGACGAUCUAAGAACGAACGCAUUAAAUACUGUUCGAUAUGCUGAAUUUGGUCUUCCAAGUUGUCAUAAGUGUAGAGGCGACGUAGCUCAUAUUGGCAAAUAUCUUGUACCUUUUCUUAGUACAUAUAUGCCUAAUUUACAAACAUUACGUCUUUGGCGACCAGAUGAUUUUCCUUGGACAACUAUUCGGCCAGAUUAUAACGAAGGAUAUUACUAUGAUGUAUUAGUUCUAAAAUGGCUCAAGUCUCUACGAACAUCUGAAUCUAUUGAUCAACAUGUGGCCAUCUUUGAACAAGAUCUUUGUCAACUGACGGAAAAUUUAAAAGAAUUUACCUUUCUCGACAUUUAUGGCAAAAUUGAUUAUGAAAAGGUGGAACCUUAUCGUUUAAUGGUUCAAGCUCGCUUUCCUAAUAGUCGAAUAGAUGUUGAAAUAUCAAGAUUUCGUCUUUGGCUUUAA